AUGCAAGGUUCCUUGUUGUUCUGUCCCAACUGCGGUACCUUGCUGGAUUUGCCUAAGGAUAGCGAAACGUAUGUAAACUGCGACCAAUGUGGUCAUGAAGAGCCCGCGAGCUCAUACGAGAAUAUCCAAAUCACAACACAUUCGCAUCCGGACGCGUUUCCGUCAGCCUUGCGCCAGAAGAGAAAGACGCAGACCAAACACCAUGAAGGCGCCGAUCAAGGGACCGCCGUAUCCGAGAAAUGCCCCAACUGCGGCCACAUGGAGGCCUACUCAAAAGAACUACAGCUGCGCAGUGCAGAUGAAGGAUCCACCGUCUUCUAUACUUGCAAACACGGCUGGCGCGUGAACAACUAG